CAACUUCGUGCACAGCGCACUUCGACGGCAUGUUGUUCGGUCCGCAGCAGACCGCCACCGCGGAGGUGCCGCAAAGCAUGGGCUACCGAGGUGAAACAAAGAAGCGCGAUUCGUUGGUCGAUGGAAAUGCCGCUGGCGGGCGGAAGCGCCGGUCCAAGAACAACUUGACGACGCCAACAACAGGCGUGCCGUUCGAAAGCACGUGCAGUACCGUGAAGCUGACAGCUCGUGCGAAAGACGCAUCGCAGCAACGUCGCACGCCAGGCAAUCGUGUUGCUAUCGUGGAGGAGUCCACGAUGUACCACAGCGUGUGGAAUGCACUCCAAUUUAAAGUUGUCGAGUCGAGUUCGGCCAGUUCGGUAACUUCAACGGCCGCAUCCGCAACGCACCCGUUCCUGCGAGCUGCGCACAUGAAAAUGCCAAUUUGCGUGACGGGGAUAGACAGCUUUCUUGGCUCGUGGAUCGUAACGGAGCUGCUGCAGCGCGGCUACAAAGUACGAGGCACGGUACAGAGCCGCAAAGACGACGACAUCAGUCGGCUCCUCGAAUUGCCGCACGCGUCGACGCAGUUGAUGGUCGUGGAAACGUCCCUUUUGACUCCAGAGUCGUGCGACCUUGCCGUCGAGGGAUGCGAGUACGUGAUCCACACGGGGACGCCGUCGUCAUGUGCGGUGCGGGACCCGGUGUCGGAGGUCAAGGAGCCAGGUGUGCACUCGGUGAGCAGCCGCAUGCACUGCAUCGUGCCAGCCAUGACCAACUUCAUCAAGGCGUGCGUCCGUGCUCGAAUCAAGAAGAUAGUCCUGUCGUCGUCGGUGGCAGCGUUGAGCGACCACGUGGACGCGAGCGACGUGAUCAACGACCUUUGCUGGAACAUGGUGUCGUCGAUGGAGCGGAACCCGCACUUCCUCGGGCUCAAAGUCGCAGAGGAAAAGGCGUGGCAGCUCGUCGAGCAGGAGCCCAAGCUCGAGAUGGUCACGAUUUGCCCAGGGACGUUGAUGGGACCAUCCGUGUGUACGCCGAAAUCCAUCCCGCCCGGCAACCAAGUCGUGUACGACCUCAUUACUGGCCAGUACAGCGCGAUCGUCGACUUGAACUGGGCUUUGACGGACGUCCGUGACUGCGCGUUGGCGCACGUGUUGGCAUUAGAGCACCCUGAUGCCCGCGGCCGCUACAUUUGCGUGAACCGGACUGUCUGGUUGAGGGAAAUUGUAGACAUUCUGCGCGCCAACGGGUACUCUGGACGCGCCCUGCCGUUCCAAGUGGGCCUCCCGAAUUGGGUCGCGCGCCUCUCAUCGUUCUCGGCGCAACUUGGGCAAGUGGGCGUGUCGUUGUAUGGGGACUCUGCCGACGCUACGAAACCUUCGCCGUAUCUGAGCGACCGUCUUGUGGAUGUGCUACGACUGUCGUUUCGGGAUGUGAAGAGCACGAUCGUCGAGUGCGCCGGCGAUUUGCUCAAGUGGAAGUUUAUCAAGCCUUGGGGUGAAGACCGCGAAGCGAUUUUAUGUGCAUGCUGCGACGCGCCAUUCAACUUUUUGCGCCGCCGCCACCACUGCCGGGAAUGUGGCGUUGUGGUGUGUGGCGACUGCUCUCAGUCGAGGGCAGUCGUCGAAGGAUUGGACCAUCCGGCGCGGUUGUGCGACGCGUGCGUUCAGAGCUCGAUCCCAGCUCUCCUGGAGCUUAUGCACGCGCCGUUGUCGUGCCACAAAGCCGUGAAAGCGCUCGAGUCGUUGAUGGUCAACCCGGCAAACCACGAGUUGAUUACGCGGUGCAGUGGGGUCCCGAUUCUACUCAAAGCGCUGCACGAAGAAGACGACGACAUUUCGUUCCAUGCGGCUGGAACGCUCUUGGCGCUGAGCGAGGACACGGCGAGCGCGCUGCAAAUGGUGCUGGAAGGCGCCGUCCUGCACAUGCUCGAGGUGGACCAGACGACGGAAACGUGGCGUGUGUGUUUGGCGGCGCUGCGAAACAUUUGGAAGCAACUCAAUCACGACGACUUUCGACAGAUGCUCCAUUCCGUAUCGCGAGUGUCGCGGACGGCGGCAGACGGGCCGUUAAAGUCCAACAUCUUGAUCACGUUUGUCCACAUGAUGGAGCCGCGCAACGUGUGCUCACUGCUCAAGGAAGGUCUCCUGGAUGUGCUCUUUGUCAUGCUGAAGAGCGCGAAUGCGUUCGAUCGCUGUGCAGCAGCACACGCUGUCGUGCGGGUGAUUCCGGUCGACUACGACCCCGACACGGAGAUUGACGUGCCGCCAUAUCACGUCGACGAUCACGAAGAGCUCCUGACGCUGUCGACGCUGUCGGACAUUCAGUUUCUCGUGAAGGGGCACAUUGCCCCGAUCAAUGCGCACAAGAUUGUGCUGUUUGUGCGCAAUGCGUAUUUCAAAAACAUGGUGCGGCAGCUGUGUCUCGACCACCGUUGACGUCGUCGUGGCUAGUUUGGAUCGUCCAACGCGGCGAACCCAACCAAGCGCGUGAUUGAGAUUGACAAUUGCACGUACAGUGUGUUUUCGAUGAUUUUGCGCUUUCUCUACACGGGAAAACUCACGAUUGACGACGUGUCGGCGCAGGACUUGCUCCGUGCAGCGGCAUUUUACCAGGUCGUGGAGCUCCGCGUCCGCAUUGAAAAGUUUCUCGCCGACCGUAUUGCCGUUGCCAAUGUCGUGGAGCUGCUCAGUCUUGCAAACGAGUGCAACGCGGAAGGUCUUCGCCGCGCGUGCAUCCCGUUCCUCAUGCAGAAUAUCCAUGCGGUCGUCAAAUUGGACUCGUUUGCCGCCCAUCGCGAGUGGGCCGGCCAAGAGAUCCUGUUGGCCCUAACGCUCGAGCUCGGCGACGACUGGUACGCUGCGUACCAAGCCAUGGUCGCCCACCCGCGCCACCAGCCGGCGUAUUCUGGCGGCCACAACGUGGUGCAUCCCCCCACUUCACAUCAUCUCCACCACGCCCCGCCGUCAAUUUCGAGCCACCCUCCGGCGUCCGCGACCAUGUUGUCGCCACUUCAACUCAAGCGACCGACUGUCGUGUCGCCCCUGCCGUCGAAACGCCUUAUCUUGACGUCGUCGCCGAUGGAGAAAGGCGGGUCGCAGCGAAGUCGAUUGUUGUCGGAGGAGAGUCUGGCCGAAGGCAUUUGCUAACCACGCCGUGGUCGGGACGUUCGUGGAGAUUUAUAUAUCUAAAUGCAUGACGCAGUUUGAUCGAUCGGUCUCGAGCUACACGCUCGCGUUUGCCUCGACGAGUUAUGCCCCACUUUUGAGGUCAAGUUGGACAGCAUCUACGAAUACCGGUUCUGCAGGUCCGUAAAGAACGACGACGUCAUGCUCUUCAACUAGACAGCGACCCGAUCGAUGAAGG